GGAUCCUCACUAUGACUCUGUUUCGGUGAGAGAUAACGGAUCUCCGGAGGAUCCAGGUCGUGGCCAACACGCCAUGAUUACCGAUCCGAUGUCGUGGCUGGUCCUCGGUGAGGCUUUGCAGUUUGAUGGCAUUCGACGUCAACUUUCUGGCGCCCAGCCAAGUUGGGCGGAUGCCGGUGCCAACGGCCGCGAGGCUCAGCAGCUUCUGGCUUUGCAUGGGUCUUUGCUUCAACAUCUUCAUUCUGAGCCACCUGGGCUGGGAGGCAAGCUCGGGGUUCAUGCAAGGCUUCGUUUUGGAGUACAUGCUGAGCUUCGACAAUUUAUUCGUUUUCCAUUUGAUUUUUGCCUACUACUGUACUCCAGAGGCACUGGUUUAUCGUGCUCUCUACUUCGGCAUUGUGGGGGCAAUCGCCUUCCGUGUUCUUCUGAUUACAUUGGGUUACUCUCUGGUGAAUACCGGGGUUUUUUUGGUCAAGUUCGGCUUCGGCGCUUUGCUCAUCUACAGCGGCUGGAAGACAGCAGCGGAUGAAGAGGAAGACCAAGAUCCCAGUAAAAAUCAGUUUAUCGCGAUGGUGACCAAAGUCUUGCCAAUCAGUGACCACUACGAGCCCGGAGGUAAUUUCUUCCUCGACGAGGAGCGGGACCAGCGGGACGAUGUGGAGCUCUUCGAUCGCGCGCGGCAGAUCGAUGCACGAGACCGAAGAGAGUCCUUGGAUGGUCUAUUGAGCACGCAGUCCAUCGACUCAGACAACGCUGGGGCCAAUCUGCCGCGCUUGGAAUCCUUCGAAGGCAGCAGCCUUUUGGAGCCCGGCGGCGCUGUCGUCCCCGCGGGCGCCGCGGGCGGCGCGGACCCCGACCGCGGCGGGACAGCGGCCUUCGUGGCGCGCGGUGUCGACGGCCGUGGCGCGCGGAAGCCGAAGGCAUCGCUGCUGCUGUUGGUGGUGAUUGCCUUGUGGAUCGUCGACCUGGUCUUUGCCAUGGACUCGGUGGCCUCCAAGCUCGCGACGGUGAAUGACCUCUACCUCAACGUCGCAUCGGCAGCCUUUGCAAUGAUGGGACUGCGGUCGUUGUACUUUCUGAUGGAGUCCUUGGUUCAAAGCUUUCAUAUGCUGAAAUAUGGCAUCGCAGCUAUCCUGGUCCUCAUUGGCCUCAAGAUGGUCUUCUCCGUGUGGUUUGAGAUUUCCAACAGUGUCACUUUCGUUUUGAUUAUCGCAAUUUGUAUCGCCAGCGCCGUGUCCUCUUACUGGUUGCCUUCAGUACGCCAAAGCUGCACGGCCCUUGUGGCGGAGGAGGACAACCUCGAGACCCUGCCGGAGGGUGAUGGCCGAGAGGGCCGGACCAGCUUUGAGGAGGUGGAAGAGUUGGAGCCCAUGACACCAUCCAGGCCGGUGGCGAUGCCGGUCAAAUUCGACGACCCUUGAGGGCAGCGAGGAGGCGAUGCCCGGGAAUCGCGAGGUCGCCGAGCGGUCGCCGAGCGGCGGUGAACCGGUCACAAGCUAAGCCGCUCUUCCAGUGUCGCCGUUCCACAGGUUGCUGAUCAGCAAGCCAACCGAUGGAGUUUGAUUUAUGGUGUUCUGUUUGUUCUGUGGGUUCAUUCUGGCCAAUUUGGCUUCAGGGAUUUUGUUGGCUCGCAGGCUGCCCUGGGCCAUGGACUUUCCAACAGGAUCAGGAUCCCGGAACUUCGUCUAUAAAAUCGGAGCACCUUUCCGGUGCCUGGAAAAGCUUUUUGAUACAGGCAUGUUGUGACUACAUAGCUAAGCUACUGGAGGUCGGGGGUUCCAAUUUUAUAGAGAUGUUGAUGUUGGGGGUUCCAAUUCUAUAGACAGUGAUAUUUUAUAUGUUUGAGGUUGAGUGCUUUGAUUCUAUAGAGGAUUAUAUGUUAGACAGACCAGCAAGAUGUCAGUGUCAGGUGUUCCGAUUCUAUAGAGGCCAUUGGCCUCUACCACUCGCCUGAACCUUGGGUGCUCUAAUUCUAUAGGUCAGACAUGUCAAGAAUCAUCCAUCUUGAAAC